CAGGCAGAGAUAGUCAUUAUUUCUGUUACACGUAUCAGAGAAUCAGAUGUGAAUUUUGUGCCGGGUCAUGCGUACAAAACUCCAUUCCUGAAUUUGCAAGUCGCCUCUCAAGUUUAUUCCUGAGUGCGUUGGACAAGAAGCUCGAGUCUCAUCGCUGUCUCGGUGUGGUCAUUGUUGCAAGCAAGCAGGGUGACGGUGCUUUCACGAAAAGGCACUCAAAGAAACAUUACCACAAUAACUACAUUUGGAAGCAGGCGACAUUUGGAAGCAGGCGACUGCAUUUACUGUUCUCUCGCUAAAAUCGUGUUUUAUAUUCGUUUGAUAAUGUCGGUGGGCAUUGAUACGGGAUUCUCAAGUGAGGAGAUUCUGAACGUUCGCUUCCCACUCCACCGGGCGUGCAGGGAUGGAGAUAUCGGUGCGUUGUGCUCGCUUCUUCAGUGCACCUCAAACCCUGCGGACUUAGCCGUGGAGGACUCUUUCUACGGCUGGACACCCAUACAUUGGGCUGCUCAUUUCGGAAAGUUGGAGUGUGUGAUGGGUCUGGUUCAGGUGGGCUGUGGGGUCAAUGCGGUGACCACAAGGUUUGCUCAGACACCCACUCACAUUGCUGCGUUUGGGGGCCACCCAGAAUGCCUGCUGUGGCUGCUGCAAGCUGGCGCCGACAUCAACAGACAGGACUAUGUGGGUGAGACACCCAUCCAUAAGGCUGCCCGUGCAGGCAGUCUGGACUGUGUCAACGCUCUCCUGAUUCAGGGGGCGAAAGCUGAUAUGAGGAACGCUAGUGGGCUGUCCGCCGCUGACCUGGCCCAUGCCCAGGGGUUCCGCGAGUGUGCCGAGAUGCUCUCCAAUGCGCAGAACCUGCAGUGGAACCAGAACCUGACCCAGACCCAUCUUAACGGCUUCUGUCUGAACGGUACCACCCAGAAUGGAGGCCACUCCCACCCUCUCAUCCAAGGGCGGAGCCUCCUUAACGGGGCACCCAAUAGAAAGAGAUCGUUUGAUAACAUGGAAACCAAUCAAAUCAAGAAGGCCAGAACUGACGGUAUGGGCCUGCCGCUGGGGAUGCUGAAUGUGAAUGGGUCGGUCUGCGGCGUCGGAGAGUUCCUGAUGGAGAGCAUACACCAGGAGAGCAUGGAGUCAGCGCCGCCGGCAGUGAGCUCAGGUGGGCCAGGACCCUUGGCGUUUGAGAUGAAUGGGUCUGCGCCAGUUCCAGGCCUGCUGGACCAGGAGCAGGACCAGGGAGGAGUGGAGGUGUCCACCCCGGCCCCUAAGGAACUGGAGAUCUUCACUGUGGCCUCCAUGCAGAUCCCCUGUCGCUGCACUAACUCCUAUGCCUACCUGUAGAGGCCUUUAGAGUGCGUGUGUUGAGUGUUGACCCUCCUAGUGGUUGUAUCUUGGUAGAAUGUCCAUCAGGCCCCCUCUGGCCAUGUUCUCUCACUGAUGGCAUUAUUUUUAGUGCAAUUGUUGGGUUUUUGGCAUGAUAAUUAUGUAUUUCCGGUUCUAGAAAUAAGGGCGUAAAUAGUUAAUUUAUUGUAUUCUACAUACAUGUUAUGAAAUACAUUGCCUUUCUACCAUACUUAAUUGAUAGAGAAACAUUCGUUUUAUGUUUUGUUGUUAUACCAGUAUCUUUGAAUGAUCCACAAAAAUCUUGUUAAAUAAUCUUGUCUUUUUGGCAAAGCCCCUUAGGAUGAGUGAAUUCUGUUUUGCACAAUUAUCCCUCCACCGCCCUACAUUGCCCAAUUGUAACUGUAAUAACGUUGUAAAAUUAUAAUCUACAUUCCUUUGAUGUAGAAACGCCCACACCUUGAGAACAACGUACUAAAACCAGCCUCACUUGGUUUAAGGAGAAGAUUAGGGAGAAGACGGAGAAGAUUAGGGAGGUUAAACUUAGGUUAGUUCAAAUCCUAGAGGCUGCACUGAAGUUUCCCUCUGCAUCAUGAAUAUGCAAUGACAGAAUUCUGACCUUUAUGAAGUUAGACCAGUGGUUCCCAACCGUUUUUUAACCGUGACACACCUUGAUGGGAUAUAAAAUUCUGCGGCACACCUAACAUUUCCCUAUUAAUUGAUUUAGUGGUAAUGACCUCUUCUCUUAUCUGAUCCAUACAGCAAAUCAAGUGUUUUUUAUAGAUUUAAAUAGGGUUUAUUUGAAAUAUUUUCAUAGUUUUAAUAAUUCCUUACUCUCAUGAUGGUUAAUUAGUGUGUACUAAAGUUCUUCACGGAUCCACCUGUAUGCGAAUACACAAGACCAGAUCCGGGACCCAAUCUGGUCCGGAUCCACAAUUCUAAAUAAUGUCAAGGGUUUGGGUCAGAUCUGAUAUGAUUGUCACUGGCCUUGGGUAUGUGUAAUUUUAACUGACUUGUCUGCUAGGACCCACAUAGAACCGAACACCACUGCUGCAGUAGAGAGCGAGAGAGAGAGAGAAAUUGUAUAAUUUAUGCUGCUGCUCUUUGUUUUUCACGAGAGUGGCGCAUUUAGCUUGUUGGUCAAACAUAAGAGCCAAUUUAUGCUUGAUCCGAAAAUGUAGUCGAGGCAGCGUAUGGAUGGUGUGACGCAAUUGCGGAGCCUCCAGAGGCACGCAAAGGCCAAAUUGAGCCUUGAACCGCAUCGCCUUAUGCCUCUCAAAUGUGGAGGGUUCCGUAUAAGCUCCGCAUUGACUUGAUUGGUUGACUGUAGGUGAGGGCGGGAGAUCCUGUAUAAACACAAACCGACUUCCUUGUCAACUUCCUCCACAACUGCUCGGUGAAGUGCAAGAAGUAUGAAUGCCCUGACUUCUGCAGAGGCUAUAUUCACGGUAAAUGCUGCAUGGCCAAUGCAGACGUCGGAAUGACCAUGAAGCGCCUUUCAGUCAUAAAAGCGGAAAUAGGCUACAUUCAUAGAGCGUCACCUCUCUACCUCCUCGCGCUUUAUCAGCUCCGGUUAAUAAAGUAGCUUAAAAAUGUACUUUUCUGCUGCUUCACUCGGACCGGGUCUGGAUCCGAUCAGGUCUAGACGGAACAGGUCUAGUUGUCCUCGGGUCUGUUCGGAACGGGUCUCUAUAUAUUUGUAUUUUAUUUAUGCAUAUCGGGUCCGGAUGGGAAACCCCAGGUCCAUUUCAGAACGGGUCCAACCAUUUUUGAAGGUCUCUAGCCCUUUAAGAGCGUCCCCGAAUCUGCACCAGAAAGAAAAAAAAUACAGCUCUCGUAAAAUAGGUCAUUCGUUUUAACAGUUUGGGCUACAAACAAGCGGUUUUCUGCAUCGUAAAGGUGCAACCACAUACACAAAGUCAUGAUCUGUUUGUUUCUAUGGCACAAGCUGUGGUAUAGCUAAACUCAGAGCCAUAUAUUAAGAAUUAAAUUACUCCGGCUAAGCUUAAUCAGACUUUCCUGUUUUAAUGGUUUUCACAGACUAAGUAAAAUGAUACAAAUUAUCUGACCGACACUGUCUAGUGCGCCCGAGUCAAAAUUCCAUGUGCAUUCUACAGGUCACGUUUAUAAGUGAGUGUUAAACAUCGGUUGGGAACCACUGAGUUAGACAUCCAUUUGAUGUCUUUACUGAGUACUGCAUUUAGUGGUAGCAUUGUUGUUGCACCACUUUGGCCAAUAACGGGAUAAAGACAGAAUUUGUCCAUCUCAUGUCAGAAUGAAGAGACUACUAGAGAAUGUUCCUGCCCUUACCAGAGUAAAAAUAAGGGAACGCAUAUUUUGUUUUAUUAGUUUGUUUAAUUCCCCCCCUGAGAUAAUCUACCUUUUUGGCCAUUUCUGGUGACUCCUCUGUCUCAUAGCUAUAAAGCUUUUUAAAUUUAUUUUUUAUACAAGAACUCCCUUGUUAUGCCAAAGCAUAUAUUUACAUGAAUGUAUAAAGUACAUAAACCUUUACUGUGCAGCUUUUCUGUAUUAUGUGAGCUUUUAGGUAUUUCCAAGGUGUGCUAUAUGACCUGACCCUGUCCUAUUAGCUAGCAGACUGGAGACUUUGGUUUGGUGAGCCCCUCCUAGUGCCCUCACCUUCUCUCAUUCUACUUUUCUAGGAGAGGACUUUGUAGCUUUUCUGUAUAGCCUAUCUAGGCCUAUUGUGUCUGGUGUUGAAAAUGAUGUGAGUUUAUUUUGACCGUUUUUCUAAGUUUCUGCAGCUUUAUUUGGCUUGUUUUGUUGUAUUAUAAUGUAGUAUUGCUUUGCUAACUGCAGUAAUGACAAAAUGUAGAUGCUGAAUUGUUGAACUAUGACAAAUGAGUGUGAUUAGUAGUGCUACAAUUUUUAUGAAGCAAGGCAAAGCUACUCUUGCCUAAGGCAAUGUUUUUUUAGAGAGAAAUUAAUCUUCGUAAAUGUAUUGUUAACAAACUUAAAAUCCCCCCUUGCAUAUAUCUGCUUCAUGCAUGAAGGACAAUUAUUCUGUCAAACAAUCAGCCCUGCAGUACUAUUGUCUGUACAGAAUCACAAAUGUUAAUGAGUAGGUAGUGUUUAUUGAUGCAAAUUAGAGCUUCUAAUGCUCAGUGCUGAGUAGUUUUGUAUACUUUAAACUCAUUAAAUUGUCAUUAUUUUGAAUAA